AAUGUUUUUGGCCUUUUUUUGAAUAAAGAGCGAAAUUUAACAUUCUUAAUUUCUCUAUCAAAAAUUCCUAAUCAUGGAAAAAGCUGGUAUUUCGGAUUUAGAAACUGGAAUAAACCAAACUGAAACCGGUUUGAGCGGACUAACCCAAACUGAAACCAGUUUGAGCGCUCUAAACCAAACUGAAACCGGUUUGAGCGGAACAAAUCAAACUGAAACCGGUUUGAGCGGAACAAACCAAACUGAAACUUUGAACGAACUAAACCAAACUGAAACUGGGUUGAGCAGACCAAACCAAACUGAAACUGGCUUGAUCGGAGAAACCCAAACCGAGAUUGAUGUAAUGGGAGAGGUGCAAACAGAAACUUGUUUUGCUGGAGAUGAAACGAUGGAUAUUCUCCGAGCUGAACCAAUAAUAGUUUUUGAUAUUGAACCUACUAAACCUAAUGAACCUAAUGAUACUAACAUUAAUGAUUCUACUGAAGCUACUAAUCCUCCUGAAACUAACUAUACUACGACUGAUGAUGCAAAUGAAGACGACCUUCAUGUAAAAGAUAAAUCAUCAGAUGCUCUUGAAACCAUGAAGAAUACAGAUGAUGAUGAUCAUCAUCAUAACGAAGAAAAUCUUCUCAACAAAGAUUUAUCUAAACAACGGCACAGGCCUGAGAAGCGUUUGUCAAAGAUUGUGCAGUACAGAACCCGUUCCUACGAAUCUUCUGAGAGAAACCAGGUUGAGAAGGUAGGAGUAUACAGAAGCAGCAGUUUUAGGAGAGCAGGAGUGGAGGACGGUUGGAGAAGAGGAGGGGAGGAUGGAAGAAGCAGAGGGGAUGAGGAGGCGGAGGAUGAGAGAGAAGGAUUGAGUAGACGAGGAAGUUUAAGACGACGGGAUGGAAGUAUGGAUCGACGGUGGGAGGGUCAGCUUAAACCUGACUCCAUAUCACGAGCAGGACGAGGGUUUAAUCCAGGCAGGUUAAACUGUUCCUACUGGGAGGACAGGGUUAGGACGGAGAACUCUCUUCCACCCAAAACUCCGCCACCAAAGAGAAAAUUAAGAAAUCCUGAAAAUCAUCCUGAAACUAGGGUUCACCUAGAGAGAGAAGAGGUAGAGCUGAACAAUGAAAGGAAAGGUGGAGUAAGAAAAGAAGAAGAUGAAAAACUAAAAGAAGUAUCGAGGAUGAACCAAGAAACAAAUUUUAAACAUGAAGAAGAAGUUUAUCUUACAAACUUUGAAAAUUGUGAAGAAAGUUUUCAGAAUGAAAAAUUGGAGGAAAAUAAAGAAGAAGAAAAAACGAAAGAAAAACUAUUUUUAAAAAGCAACUCGGAACAAAGAAUGGAAACCAGAGAAGAAAAGGAAAUAGAAUCAAUUUACUGUACAGAUAUAAGAAUUGAAGAUAAUAAAGAAGAAAUUUUCUUUCACAGAAUUGAAUUUGGAACGGAAAAAAUUGAAAAAGAAAAAUCGGAAAAAAUAGAAAGUGAAAACGUAAUGUCAAAUGACAACAUUGAAAUGAAAACGGAAACGAAUCCAGAAAACCUUGAAAGUACACACGUAAUUCAGAACAAUGUUUCUGAAGAACUGGAAAAUAUUGAGGAUUUUUUGAUCGAGAAUUCUGCGGAUUUUCCGAUAAUCAAACCGGAGAACUCGUUUGAUCUGUGCACAGGACGGAUUACUCCAGGUCCAGAUUCAGACACCAGGAUAAAUAUCCCUGAAGAUGGAAAACUUAUCGGAGCAGAGAGAUUAGGAGAGAACGCAGAGUCAGCACAAAAUACUGAGAAAGAUGAAAAAUUCAGAGAAAUAUUUGAAAAUGAAAGUAAAGACAGUAACUCCGAUGUACUCCGUCCUGAGCUAAAUAUAUCCGUCCUACUUCAACCGGAUAAUCAGAAUAGGAUAUUCAGACCUCCUAGUUUGUCACCGGUCAAGAAUGGAGAACUCUUAGCUGCUGCACAGGCGGUUACAACCCAGUUUUCUCAAGCCCUGGAUCCUGUAACCAACCCUGAUAUUAGACGAACCCUGAGCCGUCCUGCAUCCUCCCGAAGUACACGUGAAGGAACUCAUCAAGUUCCCGAGAUUGUUCCGUUUGAGCCUGAUCAACUGUACUCGUCCUGUAGGAGAAUAGAAAUGGUUUCUCUUGAGGAUCCUGUACUCCCUGUAUCCGAUAAACCUAAAACAAAUCUUCCAUCAGAGGUAUCCUGUUUGUCUCCACCUCCUCCUACUCCUCCUCCUAUACCUGAUCCAACCCUCACAUCAACGGUACUCCAGGAGUUACCUCCUCCACCUCCUCCUAGUCAUCAAACCAACCUGGAGCAAGCUGAAACCUGGUCUCUACCUAGUCCUCCACCUGAAGCAAGAUCUGAAAGAACUCCACCCCGUCCUGCUCCUCCUCGACCUACAUCUCCUCCAGCUCCGAUACCUCCACGACGAAGUACAUCACACUCCUGGAUAAAAGGAGGUUUUGAGUCUCCCUCCACUCCUAGAAGAGGAGUUAGUUUAACUGCUCUUACUCAUAUAGGACUUAGCUCUCCUUCCACUCCUGCAGAUUUUAUUUCUGCUCUAGAAAGUUUAAUUCCUACUCCAUCGGCUUCAACUCCCACUCCCAUUGAUGAACCAGAGUCUAUUUCUGUUUCUUUAGGUUCAACUAUUACUACUUCAAGUUCAACUUCUACUCUAACAGGGUUUUUCCCAAAUCCUCCAGGUUCAGUUUCAACUCUGGGUAGGAUGAGCUCUACACCUACUCCUGGAAGAAUCACUCCAAGUUCUGGUUUGGUUUUGACCCCUACUCCAGCAUGUUUCACAUCUAAUCCUACUUCUAGUACUAUAGAACCAUCAUCUACUCCUAUUCAUAUUACAGUACAAACAUCAUCGACUCCUACUCCAAGUUCUGCAAGACCAUCAGCUACUCAUAUUCUUAGUUCUGGGAGACCAUCAUCUACUCCUACUCCUAGUUCUGCAAGACCACCAUCUACUCCUACUUCUAGUUCUGCAAGAUCGUCAUCUACCCCUACUCCAAGUUCUGCAAGACUAUUAUCUAGUUCUACUACUUUUGAAGAAGGAAUCAUAUCUACCCCUACUCCUAUUAAAGAAGGACUAUCAUCUACUCCUCCUCCUAUUAAAGAAGAAACCUCAUCUACUCCUACUCCUAUUAAAGAAGGACUAUCAUCUACUCCUCCUCCUAUAAAAGAAGGAACCUCAUCUACUCCUACUCCUCUUAAAGAAGGACUAUCAUCUACUCCUCCUCCUAUAAAAGAAGGAACCUCAUCUACUCCUAAUCCUAUUGAAGAAGGAACCUCAUCUACUCCUACUCCUAUAAAAGAAAGAACCUCAUCUACUCCUACUUCUUAUUCCACGCAGCUAACAUCAACUCCUCCUGCUCGACGAAGACUAAUAGUCCGAGCAGUAAGGACUCCUAGCCCAAGCCCUCCACCACCUACUCAAGCACUACGAACAACAAGUCCAAGCCCUACACCCCCUUCCCUACCUUCCACCCUUCCUCCUCCUCUUCCUACACUUCUAAUCAAAACAGAGGAGAUGAUGUGCUCUCUGCCUCCUGAACCUAUUCCCGGGUUCGGAAUCUAUCCCAGCGGAGUUUACAAAGCAGUGCCUGUUAAUGUUGAUGAAAAUAUGGAAGACGACAUUGCAUAUUCCUACGGGACCAGUUCGGAGAAUGUUUUCAAACUCCAGGAAGAGAAGAUUAUCGAGGCAACCAGGAGAAAUUUUCUCACAAACAUGCUGGUGUCGACGGAGCUAAACUUGCAGGGGUUGGACGAGAACUCAAUCAGGAUUAAACUAGCAAAACAACAGGAAGAGGCAGAACGAAUAGUUUUGAAAAAGAAAGAAGAAGAAGAACGAAAGAGGAGAGAGGCAGAUAUGAAAAGAAAAAAAGAAGAAGCAGAAGCGUUAAAAAGAGCAGCGGAAUUAAAGAAAAAAAGAGACGAGGAAGACAAAAUUCUACAAAAAGAAAUCCAACUGAGAAGAUUUAGGAAAGAGGAGGAAAGAAAAAAAAUUGCAGAAGAGCAAAGAAUUCGAGAAGAAGAGAAAAAGUUUCAAUAUGAAAGAGAAAGGAAAAUGCGGGAACAAUUAGAAAAAAUGCGGCAAGUAAUGUUUGAAAAAGAGCAAACUGUUGAAAAUGAGAGGCGGGAAAAACUUGAAGAAUUUCACAAGAAGAAAGAAGAUCAUUUGUCUAAGAUUGGGAGCAGGUCACCGUCUAUUGCCUCCUUGGACUUUCUAGGAGCUAGAUCACCUUCAGGAGCAAUGGUGUCAUCUCCUUUACCAUCUUUUAGAUCAUCUCCAGAUCUGAAUUCAAACAAUAAAUUUAAAAAUUCUAAAAUAUCAAACGUCACGUCAACUCAUUCUUCCGCAAGUGUAGUUAAAUCUUCCGCAAGUGUUAUUCAAUCUUCUGCCAGUAUAAAUCAAUCUUCUGCCAGUGUAAAUCAAUCUUCUAUCGGGGAAAUCACAUCUUCUACCGAUGUUAAUCCUUCUUCCUCAAGUCUAAACCAAAGUUCUGCUCGUGAAAACCAGUCUUCAAUAGAAAAUAAUACUCUGCUUAACCUAACCAACCCUACUAGUGAUAUUAACCCUGUUCAAGUGUUUAAAGAUGAAUCAAAUACUCAAACAGAAACUUCUCUUUCGACGGAGAAAAAGCAGAACCUGAAAAAUCUUGAAUUAUAUUGUCCAGAAAACUACAAACCUGCGAAAAAAGAUAUCAAUUUAAUCACGAACCCGGCGAGCUCUGAACCUAAACUAUCUCCAAAGACCAGUCCUUGGAUGACCCGGAGUCAGCAACCCUCUCCAAUAACUAUCUCCGAAAAUGUCAGGUUCACAAACAAGUAUCUUCUAAAAUCCCGGAAACCGGAUAUAAACGCAAACAUUUUCAUAAAUAACGAAGAUCAUCAAAUCCACUCUUCUCUACGCUGGAAAGAUGUUCGAACUGGUUUAGUGAAGGAUAGAGCUACAUCCUAUCUUAAACCAGACAAUUAUAAAUCCUUCUCUCCUCUCAACUCUCCUAGAAUACAGAAAAGAAUGAUUAUCACAGGGUCAGAUCUGGAGGAUAAGGAACACCUGACCCAACCCAACCAUGUAUAUUCAAGCAAUAAUAAAUAUGUAGAUGGUCCAGUACCCUGGAGAAAAGAGGAGAGGAAAAAAGAUGUAAAAUCUCCUAUCUUAAAUCUUCUGAAUGUAUCAGUCUCUGGAUCCGGUAUCCAUCCUCAAGAUGAAAUUAUCCAAGUUGUGGAUCAAAGAUCUCAGAUAAGAGAAGAACAUAUAGAGAAGGUUUUAGCUCCAGGUACCAGUCAAAUCUCAAUACCGGAGUUGAACCCUAAACCUAAGGGUGGAACCGAGGCUGUUGCUAAUCUAGACGAGACCCUGAGACUCCUGCAAGCUCAUGUAUCAUCUUUAGGAAAAGAGAGCACACAGCAUCCUUCAAUAAACCAAUCUACUGAUGAUAUUAUUGAAUCUGCUGCUACUACUGUUAAAGAUACGGCUGGAGCAGUCAAGAAUCUUGCUCAAUCUUUACUCCGAGUUAUAACUCCGGAGCUAGGGAAGGAAGGAAGAAAGGAUGGAGAGUCUUCACAAAAUCUACAAAAUAUUAAGGAUGCAAUUGCCGGAAGGGGUUCCUUAACUCUGGGUGGUAUUGGAGAACUUGAGGGUGAUCAAGGUACCCUGAGAAGGUUUGCUCGAGGACGGCCUAGGAUGGUUGUUGCUGAGGAGGAGGACGAGGAAGAGGAUAGUAUUGGUUACGAGGACGAUUUCUCAAUAGGGAUAGAUCUACCUUUACAGCUAGACGUAACAUCAGGAAAUGUAACUCCUAUACCAACAACAGGAGAACUAGAAGAACUAAGUUCUAUAGAAGAAACCACAGUUAUCGAGUUCAUACCUCAGGAUAUACCUAGAGACAAUCCUCCUCACAACCUACCAAUAAUCACUGGGCCCCGGAUCCCGGUUGAAAUGAAGGAUAAUGUGGUUGAAGACCAGAACCCUGAUACCCGUCCAACCAGUAGAUCAACACCACUCAAAUCCUUGCUGAAGAAACCUAGCGUAGAUGUAGAUUCAGAUUCGGAUUCAGAUUCAAACGAGGGAAAUAUCAGUCCUAAGAAGGUUCAUUUCUCCGAGAUUGAUCAGAUUAAGUUGAUGUCUCAGGAUUCAUUGUCUUCAAUGGCGGCCUCUGAGAACCAAGAUUUCUUGCCAGUACAGUUGUGUACAACUGUACUAACCAGUACACCAGUUCCUUCUGUAGUUAGGAUUAUAACCAGCCGACCAGCUGUACCGGAGACUAACGGAAACGUAUAUAUCGAGAACCAAGUUCCAACUUCAUGAAUCCUGCCAGUGAAGUGAAAGAAAUUUUGACAUCUCCGAAUGUGAACGUUAGAAAUAUUUUUCGAGUUGUUAUAACAGAAGAACAUUUAGUUAGUCUAAAUACACUCUCGAACUGA